GAAAGGCGCCGGAGGGGUAGCGCUUGCUGCGGAUGCCGCCUCCGCCUCCUCUUUCUCUCCCGCGGUCUUCCCAUUAGCCCGCUUGCCUAGGCACAACGCGGAGGGGGCGGGGAGUCCUUGGGAAGGGGGAAAGGAUAGACCACCACCACCCCUAUUAUCCAUCGGCUGCGGGGAAGGGGAGCCCCAGCAGCCUCUGCCUGCGCAGCCCUUACGGGGAUCUCGAGUGGAAGAGGGCUCCUCGGUCAGGUGCAGAGCUAUUAAAAGCAGCAAACCAGGAGCCUUUGGGCUGGCUGUGCAGAGAAAUAAUUAGGCCAGAUAUCGGUUACUCGGCUUGGGUGGUUACGUGAAUAUCAGCUGGACGCUUCCUAUCUGUGUCCUGAACUACCAUGAUAUCAUGGCAAGAUUUCGCAGGAGAACAUGCAUUGUUUUGCUGCUUUUUAUUUUAUUUAUUUGCUCUAUAAUGAUGGCACUGAAAACUCUGAGACCAGAAAGAGUUGGGUUUGGAGAUCCAUUUGGUCUUGGCCUGUUACCAGAUUUUCAGCAACAGACAACACAUUUGAAAAAGAAGUUCAGUCUGCAUAAAGGAGCAAAAGAAGACAGUUUCCCACGGACCAAAAGUGUUCAUCCUCUACCGAUGAAUCUCAAAACAUCUACAACUUCUGUAAGAAAAAUGGAAGAGCUACCUCCUCCCAAUUAUAACUUCCAUGUGUUUUACUACAGCUGGUAUGGGACUCCACAAUUCGAUGGAAAAUAUAUUCACUGGAACCACCCCUUAUUGACACACUGGGAUCCAAAAAUUGCAAGUGGUUAUCCAAAAGGCAAACACAAUCCUCCAGAAGAUAUUGGAUCAAGUUUCUACCCAGAACUUGGACCUUAUAGCUCUAAAGACCCAUCUGUCAUAGAAGCUCACAUGAAGCAAAUGAGAUCAGCAUCCAUUGGGGUUUUGGCUCUUUCCUGGUACCCACCUGUUAUGGCUGAUGAAAAUGGAGAUCCCACUGAUGGGCUUGUGCCUAUAAUUUUGGAUAUUGCACACAAUUAUAAAUUAAAGGUCACUUUCCAUAUUGAGCCAUAUAAAGACAGAGAUGACCGUAGCAUGUACAACAAUGUCAAGUAUAUUAUAGACAAAUAUGGAAGCCAUCCAGCUUUUUACAGACAUAAAGUCAGUACAGGUAGAACCCUCCCCAUGUUCUAUGUUUAUGAUUCUUACAUCACAAUCCCAGAAAUGUGGGCAAACCUGCUCACUGUAUCAGGAUCUCAGAGUAUACGUAAUACACCCUAUGACAGCUUAUUCAUUGCCCUUCUUGUAGAAGAAAAACAUAAACACGAAAUUCAUCGAAGUGGCUUUGAUGGAAUUUACACCUAUUUUGCCACAAACGGCUUCUCUUAUGGUUCAAGCCAUCAUAAUUGGCCCAGUUUGAAAGCUUUCUGUGACAUAAAAAACUUAAUGUUUAUUCCAAGUGUGGGCCCAGGCUACAUAGAUACCAGCAUCCGACCAUGGAACAAUCACAACACACGCAAUCGGGUCAACGGGAAAUAUUACGAGACAGCAUUCAGUGCUGCGCUUCUAGUAAGACCUGAAAUCAUUUCCAUCACCUCUUUUAAUGAAUGGCACGAAGGGACUCAGAUUGAAAAGGCCAUUCCUAAAAAGACAGAUUUGACAACUUAUCUGGAUUAUCAGCCGCAUAAACCAAAUAUUUAUCUGGAGCUUACGCAUAAGUGGUCUGAAAAAUAUAGCAAAGAAAAGGAACAGUGGCUUACAUGAGUUGCUACUGUGAUUGAGAAUUUGACCAUGAAUUUAUCACUGAUAGACCACUUCCUCACAACAUCUUCUCAAUCUGACUAUUCUGCAGCUUUGUUACAGAAAGUUUUCACUUUAAGGAACAAAGGUAACAACAAGCAAUACUAUCUCUUCAGUUACUUUAUUAUAUGAAGACUGUGUUGGCAAUGCUUAAUACUGUAUAUAUUAUUCUGUACUAUAAGUACUGUUUCCAGAGUGUUUGAGUGGUGGUACAAAUAGACUGUUAAAGAGCUAAAUUCAAAACUGGCUGCAAUUAAAAUAGUUACCUAAGAUAUUUGUAUGCAGCUGAUUUUUGUUUUCAUUUUUUGGGAGGGGGAUGAAACCCCCUCCAGGUCUAUUGUAGAUUAAUGUGUAUAUGAUGCAUGAUAUUGUAAAGAGAGGAAUUUCUCUGGGAACUUUUUGGUUCAAGAACCACUUAAAAUUAGUGCUACCUAAGAGCACAGUGUUGAAAUACUUCUUGUUCAGAUCUUUUUAAUCGCCAUGUGAAUCGCUGGAAUUGGAAAUAAAUUCCCUGUUAUUAUUUUUAGUGUGCUUUUCAGAACAUGAAAAACCUUUUAUUUACAUUUACUUUAUUAAAAUUAGGGAGGGAGAUGAAAUUUUCAUAAUAUUUCCAGACAGUAAAAAAAAAUGUUGUGGGAAAGAAUGGAUUAAAGCAACUACCAACUAAAAUUGAAAUACUGGGGAAUUUAAAGUGUCAUUCAAUUUAUCCAUAGGAAAAAGGACUUUAACAGGAAGGGCUGUUCCUAAUGAGACCUUAAAACCCACGUUUUGUCCCAAACAUCAGAAGGUUUUGGUUUGGGUUUUUUUUUUUAGGAAAAUGGUCUAGCAAAAUAGUUUUACUUUUCAGAACAGGCUAAGAACAUUCAUUAUUAGUCUUUUGAGUUCUAGUCCUCGAAGUACAAGAGGUCAUUUAACAAUCAUUCAAAGUUAUAUCUGAUCCCCCCAAAAACUAUGUAUGGCCUUUUUUCAAAAUUACAAAUUCUACAGAGCCUACCUGAUCAUUUGCAGGGAUGCUGCAGGGUACCCAGCUAUUUCCGCCACCCUGCCCUGCCAGCUCCCCAAGGACACUGGACCUGCUUUGCCCCCCACUGGAUUCCACAUGGUCCUUCUCCUUCCCUCAUAAUCCCUCACUUUAUCUUGUGAAGAUCUAUAGAGCUAAGGAGUUAGGGGGAGGGAAGGAGAAUCACCAAUGUCCUAUGCAGCCUGAACGGCUGACCUGCAUGAUUGAUUGGCUUGGGAAAGUCUUGUGUUUGGCAAAGAAAUGUUUAAUUCACUAGCAAAGCAGCCCUUCAACUAUAAAAGCUACUUUUAUAUUGGCUCAGUUCAAUUUCUUUUCACAAAAGUGCAGUUUAAUAAUUCUUAAGCACCCCAUUAUUAUAACUCAAAGUUGUUUAUAUUGUUUAAAAAAAUCCAUAAGUAUAAAAAUUAAUCAGCAACUUAAAUUUGCUUCCAUGAAAACAAGUUUAGUAAAAAGCAAAACUUUUUUGUUGAACCAUUUCAAAUACAAUAUUUUGCAAGCUGAGGGUAAAAAACUAUUCACAUGGACUCUUGUAGUGUGAACAUUAUUCCAUUAUAAACUAAAUGAUGUGAUAUUUUUAUUUUUGCUAGUGAUGGGCAAACUCUUCUAACUGAGCCUGAGAAAAUAGUUUUAUGCAUUAAAAAAACCACUACCUUGCUUUAUUUUGCAUUUUGUUCUAAAUCUAAUUUGCUAUCUGUUUAAGCAUCUACAAAUCUCAUUAGAAGCAGAAUGGGACUAGACAUUCUUUUGUUGCAGCAUUCCAGCUGCUUCUUCUUUUUCACUUGUCUUAUUUUCCUGGCCACAAAAACAUCUGCUGCAAUGGAAGCUAUUUCUGCCAAGAAAUGUAUUUUUUCUAGGUUCCUGUGAACUUGGCAUAGAAGCAACCAGACCAAGGGAUAUAACCUGUAUAUUUUUUUGUUGAAGAAUGGUGCAGGUGCAUCUCUUGAAAUCCUUUCAAUAUUGCCAUCUGCUGUCAAAUGGCCAAAAGAAGUUGAGAAGAAAGCCAUGUCUUCAGGCCACUUCAUCCACUACUUCUCUCUUUGGCUUUUUAGCAAUUGAUAAACAUUUGAGGAGUUGAGGCUGAUGAGGGCCUGGUUUAUUAUUAGGCAUGCUGAUAAUAGAAAUGUAAUCAUAUUUUGCUAUUAUUUUUCCCCCACAGUGGAUCUAGCAUUAGUCACCUAUCAGAGGAAGUAAUGCAGACUUUUUUUAAAAAGCAUGCAAUUUGAAGUAAUUAGCUAUGAGAAAAGACAUUGUUCUCUGCCAGUUUUGUAAUUACAUCUAAAAAGUAAAUGGGUCAUUGCAUUUUAGUAUAUAUCUCUAUAACAGAUACAUAAUGCAUAGAUAUCAAAUGGAUAUCUGUACAUUAAAACAGCGGACUCCAAUUUUUCUGGCUCUGGGGACCGGUGGCAGCCAGCGGUGUGAGAGAGAGGAUGAUUUCGUGCCUGCAACUUAAUCCUGCGCAAGCGCAAAUAGAGCUUCACACAUUGACCCACUGCUUGUGUGGACCAGUUGCCAAUGGGCUACAGACCAGUAGCGGUCCACAGAUCGGGAAUUUGGACCCCUGCACCAAAAGAACAGUACAGAUAUACUGUAAAAUGAUUCCUUUUUUAAUGCAGCAAAUUGUGAGCUGAAUUUUAUAUUUCCUACCUAAUUGGAGAUUAUAUCUAAUGCAUACAAACCCCGCUCUUCAACUAUAGAUAAUAAUGUUAAAGUUUAAAUUUAUUAUACAACUCAACUUUCAUAGAUGCCAUAAAAGAGCUGUAUUAAUGCUAUUUUCUUGCCAACAGAAAACUUAAGUGGCUAUUGUUUAUUUAUUGUUUCCACUUAUUAAUUACUGCAAAUGCUUUAUGAAUUGUCCCUUGCAAGAAAGGAUAGGCAGUCUGCCAAUGGCAGAGCUUUGUGGAGCAACAGCAAGAAAGAUUAUACAAUUGAGUUUAGUUGCAAAAUGGCUGAUGCAUCUGCCCCUUUGCAGUAGGUACAAUUUUAAGAAAGGAAAUGGAAACAUAGCCUUACAUUUCUGUCCUUGGAUCGCCUGAACAUCCCAGAAUGAAAAUAUAUGCUGAAAUGUUUUAUCCACUUUUAAUGACAUCACUAUGUCAUCACAACAAGUUGAACAGUGUGCUGACUGAUCAGAAUAAGCAUGCUUGGAAUUGCGUUACUGAUAUCUUAAGAUGUCUCCGAAAAGUUGACAACCUUCAUGUAGAGCGUUUACAGUAUUUUAAAAAUAAAUAACACUUCAAAGAAGGCCAGAUGUCAUAUUGACAGAAUGAAGAAGCUUAAGGAUAUCUUGAAGCUUAAGGAUAUCAUGAAAGGAGAAGCUGAUUCUUAAUUACUUUAUUGGUCUACUCUUAAUGCCAGAGAAAGAGAAAGCUCUUGUCAAAAGAAGUUUCCACUCUGAGUGGUUAUGAAUUUUUUACUUGACUUGUCUUACUCAAUUCAUAGGUGGGAAUUUAGGAAUAAUCAAGCUCUGAAAACAACACAGCUAUUUCUUUAGGCACUUUGAAUAAUCAGGUCAGUUAGCUAAGAGUAUAUCAUUUACUUCUCACUUCCAUUUGCUCACUUGGAAAUACAGUGAUCUACCAUAAGUGUAUGGAUAGAAAAGAGGAACCACAUAUACACAUAGCGGGAGCUUCUAGACACUCAAGUGGCCAGACUCUUUUUCUACAGAGUUGACAGCUGCAGCUGAGAUUUCAAACAAUCUGCCAGCUAAAUAAUAGGCCUUUCUCCUUCCCCUCUUCAUCAUAGAAUAUUGCUGGCUCCACUUCAUUGGAUAUCUAGAAUUUGAAGAGUUGUGCACAAUUGUUCUGUCAGCUAGAAUAAUUUAUAGCAGCAUUGUUCCUUUAGAUAUUUGAAAUCUUGAAGGAGCAGUUUUGCAAUAUUACAGGACAAGGAUUACAACAUAGUCUUUCAUUUUCAGUUUUUAGCAUUAUUGCAGCUAUUGCAUUGACUGUUCUGAUCCCAUUUUAAUAAGAUUCCUUCACUUAACAAUGCAAGUUGCCCUUGUCCAUGUUUUCAUGGGUUUGGAUCCUACUUGGGUAUUACACAUGCACAGCAUGGCUUUUGCAUAUGGAUAAAGUAUAUUUGUUCAGUCUCAUUAGCAUAAUCUGCUUAUCAGAUGUUCUUUGACUGAAAAUUAACCCCACAAAUAAUAAUAAAAAGUACAUAAAUGUUCUAAUCACAAAGCCUAUCUAUAAUUUCGAGAAUGGAAUUUUAAUCCAGUUAGACUCCUUUCACUUAAUAUACUGUUUGGGCACAAAGGAUAGGUCAGGAAUAGCAGGUAGCAAAUGUAACACUGACUUAUCAACUUUUCCCUCUGAUAUACUGUAUUGGGUUCUAUAGGAUUCAUAAAACCUAUAGAUGUCCUAAUGAAAUGCAGCUUCCUUGAAAAGGCAAAUUGAAAUGUCUUAAUAAACAGAUGACCCCAUUAGUAUUAUUAUGAGUACUAAUGUUACUAAAAUCAUUUUUUGACAUCAUUUUUUUAUUUGGAUAAUAAAUUGAACAUUUUAGCUAAAAUUGAGUCCAUGGCUAAACAUUUUAGUGAAUAUUAGUGAAACAUGCAGUUAGUGAAAUAUGCAGAUAGUUUUUCUUGUACCAUACUUAUAGCAAAAUGACUAGAUAUAGUUAAAGUGACUUGUCAUUUUUUUCUUGGACAAAUGAAAUGGAAAACUGUAAAAAACUGUUUAUAUGUGUAUUUGGUUAAGCUUGCAGUUAACUAAGUUGGUUGGUAUUUUUCUAACCUCAAAAAAAUCUGCUAAAGCUCAUCAAGCGGCACAUAGUCUAUUCCUUUGAUUCAUUUAGGCAAUUUAUUCCUGCUGAAAAGAGCAACGUUUAUAAGGAAGAAAUGAUUUUAUUACUGCAAUUUGCUCGGAAAACCAAAUACUACAAAGUAUUGAUGCACCCAGCAAAUUUUUUCUCACAUAUUCAGAAUGAAAAGCAAUGAUAACCCCAGGAAAGGAAAUGCAUUUCCUUGUUUACCAGGUUUAAAUGAACAAAGGACCGUGAAUAAUUUGGUGAUUGUUGUUAUUUUGAAUCUGCUUUGAUCCUCAAUAGUGCAUUUCAGAACUAAGGUUCCUAUAAAUAUAUAGUUAAGAAGAAAGUUCUGAAUAUUUCUCUUCAUAUGGUCAUGAAUUAGAAAAGGUCAUUUUCAAUAAAACUGGAAAAAUACUGUCUGGUAGAGAUGGCAACCUCCAAAUGUCUAUAAACUCUCACAAAAACCAUGAUCUUAAGCAAAAGAAAAGUUCAUUUUUGUAAAUUAAUUUCAACAUUUUGCACAUCCAUUCUUAUUCAGAAUCAUAUACAAAUAUUUUCCCAUUUUGUUCAUGUUAGACUUAAUCACAAAAAUAGUUAGGCAUUGAACUCUGGUUUCAGAAUUUUUCUUGUUACAUACCUGUGUUAUCUGCAGUAGAAGAUAAAUUCGCAUUGGACAACCUAAACACACAUUUUUUACAUAUGUUGAAGUUAAAACAUAGGAAAGGGAGGGGGUGGAAUUGAUCAAUACUGAACCUCCAUAGGAUCAUUAAGUAGUUGGAAUUUUGUGAAAUAUCAUGUUAGAUGGCAAUAAAACUGGAUGACAAUAAUUUUUAGAUUUAAUAGAAAUUAAUAGAAACUGAUACCUGUCAACUAACUUUCUUGUAAAUUGAGCUGAAGUCUGCCAUAUUGAAAAGAAUCUGAAUAUUCCAGAUUAGAUACACAUUACUGCAUGCUUAGCUAAUACUUCUUUAUUCUGCCAUGCUAUUAAUAUUUAUUUACUUGUUUAUAUUUAUUGUUUGAUUUAGGUCUAUAUCGGAGUCAUUAAUUUACAAAGCUGAUAGCAAACUUUCUACAGUCCAUUGAAGUCAAUAUGCUGAUUUGGGUUGUGGAAUUCAUUAUAGUGGUUGUAGGCAAAAACUAGAUUAAUCAAAAUUACAAUUAGUUAUUUAAUUGCAGCUCUGCCUAAAUAUCCCAGGACAGCUGGAUAUUUAGUUUCAAUAGUUAGUGUAGUAAUGUAUUUAGGUUUGAUUUAAAGCCAGCAGUCUUCAACCACAGAGAUUUUUCAUGAAACUGCUUAACAUAAAAUUUCUCUCUUGUAUAUAUACAUUAAUUUGACUCACAGUUAAUACUUUGAAUAAGUUAACCUUUAAAAAUAGCACUUUGUGUAAAAAUAAAGUAGAUUACCUAUUAGAGCUCAUCAUUCACCUCUUUUUAUUAAAUAUUAACUUACCGGUAUAUGUUGCUAAUUAUUGUGGAUUUUUUGAUGGAAAUAAAUAUGCUUGGUUAUGUUAUAACAAUUACAAAUGCUGUAAUUCCCUUGAUGUAGAAGUCAGACAACUGGACCCUUGCUUCUAUUUAUCACUGAUGUGGCCAGCUUAUAUUUUUUAUCCCCAAAUAUGAAAAACAUGAUAAGCUGUGUCACUGGGUAUUAAAUCAACUAUGUGAACUGCUUUAUUGACUUGUUUAAUAGUCAAUAUUUAUAUUGGCAUUCUUUUACUGGGUUUUGUUCAACUAAAGCUCAAGGGGUUAGUUGAAAAAUAAUUCAUGGAUACAUUUCUGAAAACCCACUGGAAAAUUUCACUGUAAUAUAUAUUACAUGUAAUGUAUAUAUAGGCUUUAGUUUUAAAAUAUUAACAUUUUACUCUGCCAUACUAAAAAAAAUUCCCCAAUGUUUCUCCCAAGGUAUAAGAAAAAGUUCACUAUCGGAGGCAGGGGUUGUGUAUUGGAGAGAAAAGCCACUUGUUUGCUUGGCUCUUAAAAAUAACUUUUGUUUUGAAAUAAAUAGAAAUAGUGAAGUCGUGAAAAAAUGGGAACUUCCAAUUUCUGCAGGAAGCUGGAGGACUUUGCAAAUCCUUCAGAAGAGCCACUUCAAAGACACAGGAACAAAACUUGUCUGAUACAUGCUCAUCUGCAUUGUGAAACAUCUCUUUUAAAGACAUUGCACAGGAAGAUCUAAAAACCAUGCAGUUGUUGUCGGUUUUAGGAAUAGAAUACAAACAGGAUGCUUUUACAACCAGUGGUGGGUUUCAUUUACUCUUACCACUGGUUCACCAUGCAUGCACAAGGUCCGUGCAUGCACCCAGCCUUCUCCGCAUGCUCCCCCCUCAAAAAUGUGGCUAAAUAGAAUGGCAUAGAGCCAGCGUGGGUGGGCAGGCCCAUCCAUGAUCUUUGCUACCGGUUCACCCGAACCAGCUGAAUACCACCUCUGGUUACAACUAUUCCAAAGAAAUUAUUUGAAGGCCUCUUGUUGUAUUCUUUCCAAUAUUGGAGUAGUGCAGAGCUAUAGGUCUUUAGCAAAAUAAGCAUAAAUGUAACCAUAACACAGGCCCAUGAAUAAAUAUUACACCCAAUGGGUAAUGACUUUGUACACAGUUUCAGAGUAUUUAAAAUACCUGUAUUGGUCUUUCAAUGUGUUCUAAAAUUUUACAAGCAUAUUAUAGGAGUAUUUGGCCCAUAACACAUCUGGAAUGCCAUAUUCUUUUAGCGAGCUUUUGAGAAAGCUUGAAAGAAACAUGAUUUACCAAAAUGCUUAGCUAUGAAGUUUUAUAGGUUUUCACGAGCUAGUAAAAUAAACAACAAUCUUCCUCUUAAUCUCCCUUCUACCCUUCCACAACACAUACAUUAUGUCCAGUUUCAGCAAAUGAGACUUAGCAAAUUUUGAAGUUUCAUGUGGAACUAAGGUAAUCACCACAUCAA